AUGGAUUUGACAGAUUCUGAGGUUAAUAUUUUGAUACUUGGUCCAACGGGUGUUGGUAAGUCAACCUGGAUCAAUGCGUUUAUUAAUUACCUUACGUAUAAUUCACUGGAUGACGCACUCAAACACCACCUGCGUUGUGAGGUACCGUUUGCAUUUCGCGCGCAUUACGUAAACGAACAAGGGGAAUUUAACCGCAUUCAAGUAUCUGUGGAAUUGGAAGAAUUGGGUCAAGAAAAAUGUCAUUCCGCGACUGGUGAUUCAUCGACACAACGAGCUUUUGUGUAUCAAGUGAACAUCCAGGGUUGCAUUAUUCGGCUUAUAGAUACUCCAGGCAUUGGUGAUACAAGAGGAGCAGAUCAAGAUAAGAAGAACAUGGACGACAUUAUGAAGGUUUUGGGUCUACAAGCAAGGCUACACGGUAUAUUAAUUCUGUUGAAACCUAAUGAGCAAAGGCUGGAUUAUGUAUGCCGAUUCCGCAUUAAAGAGCUACUGUCACACUUACAUCGUGAUGCGGCGAAGAAUAUUGCUUUUGGGUUCACAAACACCAGAGGAACGAACUAUAGUCCUGGCGACACAUUACCAGCUUUGUGCGAAUUGCUUGAUGACGUUAAGGUUGAUAUUAAGCUUGGCAAGAACAAUGUAUUUUGUUUUGAUUCUGAAAGCUUUCGUUACUUGGCGGCUAAGAAAAAGUGCGGUGUGCUCUUGGGUCAAUUAAACGAAAAUCGAAGUAGCUGGGAACACUCUGUCCGUGAGUCAAAUCGUCUUUUGGAACAUUUCCGGAACAUUCAGCCAUACGAAGUUAGGAGUACGGUAAAUCUUCAUGAUAUUCGAAGGCGAAUUGAGUGUAUGGCUAAUAUUGUUAUCCCAAUUGGAGACAAAAUUCGUACCACCGAACACGAGAUUACAACCGACCUGUCACAACAUGGCACGGAAACCGAAAAUGAAAAAUUUCCCCACCGCAUGAUUGAGGUAAAGAAGUUUCAACUCGUCUGUAAUCAUCAAGAUUGUAUUGUGAAAUACCCUGGCGGAAUUAUAGAUUUGAACGGACACAUGAUUUGGGGCCACGGAAAAGUGUGCGAUUCCGAGUGUGGGUGCGGCUACUGGACCCUGAACAUGGUGGCAAGCACCAGAACGUGCUCUGCAUUUGGAUGGACUGGCAAAACCAGUAAACAUCCUAGAGGAUGGAUUUGCAAAACCUGUAAACAUCCUACAGGUGAUCAUCGGCAUGUCGACUACAAGUUGAAAGCGACAAAGAUGGAUUUAACGGCACGUGAGAUUUUUAUGAAGCAGAAGCAAGUGGCAAGAGAGGGGAAGGAGAUGCUGGUCAAGGAUCUUGCGAGUGAACUCACAAAGUUGUUGGAGGUGGCUGCAGAAUUCAGCAUGUUCCUGAAGGCCAAUGCUCUUAUCACGUACAACGACAUCAUGGUGGAGAAUUUGGACCGUCUGGUGGAAGACGAACAGGCCGGUGUUGGACGAGGGGACAACCAAGACAAGUUGAAUUGCAGCCUAAGUCAAUAUCGAGACCAAUACAAGAAAUGUCUAUGUCCUGAUAAGGAGAAGAAUGGAGACGAACCAUUAAUGCUGGAUAAUCAACGUGUUAUGUCCCUUAUGGAUGACCUGUAUUCUCUCGAGCAUUACGGGACACGGAUCAAAGAAUCAUGCCGGAAAAUCGACGAGGCAGAGCAACCAGUGAACCGUCAAAAAUGGGUUGUGGUGGAGUGGUUCUCAAAGGCAUUCGAGAAGUGGCGGCGAUGA